AAAAAAGAAGAAGAUCACAGCGAACAUCCCUGACAAAAUGGCCGGUCGUUAAAAUUGUAUUUCCCACGUUUCCAAUACAAAAAUUGCUCGCAACUCCUCCAUUUUCAGUCUUGAUAUUUCCAAUUCUCCAUGAAAAACCACCCAAAAUCUCAGAGGACCUUGGCCUUGGCUGCAAAGUUUCCAGAAGUUUGUUUCCAAGAGACAGAAAAAAUGGACACAAGCAACGAAAAUGUUAAGGACAAUGAAGACAAAAAUCUACCCUCCGGGACUUCUACUGUCAUAGAUUCACCUGCACCAGGAGCAGGUGAAGGUGAUACUGGAGGAGAAAUGUUACCUCCAAAAUCUAAUGAAUCCAAAUCUGAACAACAAACUCCAGCUGAAGACUCUCUGGCCACUAUUUCAGACUUGCAAAGAGAAAAAAACAAUAAAACUCCAGAAGAAUUAAUCGAAGAAGUCAAAGAGGAAGUUAACAAACUGAAUAUAUCAUCAGAACAACAACAAAUUGUUGCUGAUAAGACAAACGAGUCUUUGAAAAACGUUUUGGUAUACAACAAUAGCGAUAGCAGUGAUGAUUCAGACGAGGAAGUAGAUAUCACUGAAACUGAAAUAUUGUAUGACCAAAGGCCAAGCGACGAGCAAGAAAAGCUUAUGCAGCCAAAUAAAGUUGCAGAUGACAGUCAAACAGAUAGUUCCAGUGAAGAUAGCGAAGCUGCUGCACCUGAAAUUAAAAAAUCUGAACCAAAACCAGCCAAAGACUCAGACAGCAGUGACUCAGAAAGCGACUCAGCCUGCACUUUAUCUUCAGACUCUGACAGCGAUGAUAGUGAUUCUGAUGCUGAAUCAGAUCAUGCUUCUGUGGUAGAUCUUGAAAAUGAGAAUAUUGAUGUGGUAAACAUAUCAAACAACAAAGGCGCAGUCAAAAAAACCUUCAACAUCACAGGCUUUGAAGAAGCAGACUGCAUCCCAAUUCCGGAUAUUUCCAACCUAAACAUCAACGAAGAAGUGGAAUUUAUGCUAAUUGGAAGCAUCACUUAUAUCAUUGCUGAAAUCGCUACUGUAACUGUUAUUGCUGGUACUCCAGCUUUUGACUUGGACUCUAUGUUGUUUAUUGAACAUGAAAACGUCAAAAAACCCAUGGGUCCUAUUUUUGAUGUGAUUGGGCCUGUUGCCAAUCCCAUUUAUUGUGUGAGAUUCAAUAGCCGAGAUGACAUUAAAAAAUUGGGACUGAAACCUGGAACUAAAGUUUUUGCUGCUCCAAAAAGUAAGGAGUUCACCAAAUUUGUUUUUCUUCCAGAACUUUUAAAGAUGAAGCAUUCAGAUGCCUCAUAUCGUAACGACACCGAGGUUCCUGUUGAAAUGGCUGAAUUUUCUGAUGACGAAAAAGAACGAGAAGCAAGACGUAAAAAGGUUGGAGGCAAAAGAAAGAUAAAUGACAACAGUUUGGAGAGGCACAAGAAAUAUGAACAAAGCAUGAACAGAAGCAACAGCUUGUACACUAAACUGAGUAAACUGGGCGAUUUUCGUAAAAAGGUGAUUACUGGUAGGAUUAGUGGCACCCCACAACCAAGCGCCCAACCAAAUAUUCCUCCGGAAUUUGAUCCGACAGUGCCGCCUCCAGGCUUUGGACAAGUUUAUCCAGAUUACCACUAUUCGAUGGGGACAAUGUUGACGCAACAACGCUCUCUGUAUGAAUAUGAUUCAGUUUAUCGGGCCUCUCUCCUUGCAAUGCAAAACUCUGCAAAUGCUUAUGCAAGUGAGCUUGAUUAUGCCAAUCAAUUUGCUCCACCACCUCCAAGGGAUUACAACAAUCCAAGCCAGAAUCAACAACAACCGCCCUCAGUCAACAGUUAUUUGUGUCAAAAUUUGACUCGAAAUAAUAAAGGCCCUGGACCUUCAUCUCAACCCUAUUAAUUAAUAUUAUUGUUUUUUUUUUUUUAAUAUAACUUCCAAUUGCUUGUUUUUCUUUUACAAAAAAAAAAUUGUAUAUUGUGAUAAAAAUAUAUAAAUUCUAUUUAAAAUUAAUAAAAGUUUGUGUGUUGUUUCCUCUAUUUUAAAGGAGAGUGAGGCUGUAUGAAGAUUCACAUUAACAGUAUUUUUGUUAAAAGUUUAGUAAUAGGUUUUUGAUACAGGGUUUUAAUUUUCUUUUCUUACGAAUAAUAGUUUUAGGUGUUUUUAGAAUUAAAAUUGUUUAGUUUAAAGUACAAAUGCGUCAGCAAUAAUACUCUUAUUUUUUUUUUGGUUUUUGUAUUAUUAUAAAAUUUGGUUGAAUUAUUUUUUGGUUUGUAGCGUUCAAUAAAGAGGCUUAUUUAAAUGUUUA